AUGCCCCGCUUUAGUCAGGAAGAUGGCGCGGGUACGGGCUUAGAGGCGCAUCUCCCCUUCACUGUCGCGCAGUAUGUCUACCCGAUGUUCAUCGCACUGGCCUGGUGCAACGCCAUCGACCUCAUCGUACUAUGCCUCAACACCUUUAAGCGCUACAAGGGCAGUUACUUCUGGAGCCUCUUCAUCUCCUCGGUCGCCAUAAUCCCCUUUGGCCUCGGAUACAUCCUACGCCUGUUUAACAUCACCUUCACGAACGGGUUUCUAGAACUGGCCAUCGUGGAUGUGGGAUGGAGCGCCAUGGUAACGGGCCACUCGCUGGUCCUGUGGUCGCGCCUCCACCUGGUCCUGCAUCGCGAACGAGUCCUCAAGGCCCUCCUGUACCUCAUCAUCUUCGACGGCGUCCUCAUCCACUCCGCCUGCUCGGCCAUGGAAUUGGCACACAACGCCCUCCCGGACUCCCGGCGCGUGACACUGGGGUUCGGCAUCAUCGAACGCAUCCAGCUGGUAUGGUUCUGUCUACAGGAACUGCUCCUCUCGGCAAUCUACAUCCGCGAGACGGCGCGCCUGCUACGCCUUGACCGAGGCGGGAUCUCGCACAACGUGCUAUCGCAACUCCUCGCCGUCAACGUGGUGAUCAUCUUUCUGGACCUAUCGAUCGUGGCGAUCCAGUAUGCCGGAUACUUUACAUUCCAAGUGACGAUGAAAGCGCUGGUGUACAGCAUCAAGUUGAAGCUGGAAUACGUGAUUUUGGGUCGGUUGGUGGAUGUGGCGCAUAUUCGGUCGCAAGGGGAGACGCCACGGUUCCACAUCUAG